AAACAGGUCCGAGGUAACGCCAUUCCUACACCAGCGAAGGCCAUGAUGUAAAGAAUUAGCGCCAUAAUCACGAUUGAAAACAUUGUUUUAAACAGAAAUGUUUACAUUUAUAAAAAUUAAUUCAAAUCUAUUAAGUCAUGUCUAUUUCUGCAUACGAAAACCAUGAGGAUUCAUUAGAUCUAUUAUAUGAACAUGAAUAUUUUGAAGAAACAAGUCAAGAAGUAUGGGAACAUUGUGUUAUUCCCUCCUCUAUCAGUAUAUUUCAUAUCAUAUACAAAAUACUCGUAGUUAAUCUCUCCUUUGGAAUCGUAAUCUCUACAAUAAAUGUUCCGAAAACAGUAUUGCAUGUAUAUUUUGCAGCUAGUGGAAUUUAUUUGAUUAGUAAUCUCGAAUCAAAUGUAGGAAAAUAUCUUAUUUUAAUAUUUUUUACAUCAUCAUAUAUUAUUUUAAGAAUCGGUAGCUACAUACAAGAGCAAUAUUAUCCAACCCAAAAGAAUAAUGUUCACAAAAUUCAAUACUUCAGUACUUCUAAGUUAGUGAAGUACACUCUUAUUAUUAUUUUAGUGUUAUGCCAGUAUUUUUUAUUGAAAUCUGAAACAUGGAUGGAGAUUAGGGGGGUUAUAAUGGUUUUUAGUAUGAAAUUAAUCUCGCUUGCAGAAGAUGUUGAAAGAGGUGUUAUAAAAUAUCCAUCUCAUUUAAAAUAUUAUGCUUACAUAUUUUGUGGUGCAAACGUUAUGUUUGGUCCUUGGAUAUCUUUUCAAGAGUACGAAGCAAUGUUUUACCAACCUACAAAAAAGAACAUAUGGUGGGUUUUUGGAAUAGCAAGGGCUUUAUUGAUAUCAAUGUUCUUUCUCAUGCUCUCUAAUUGUUGGUCAAUGUAUUUUAUUCCCGAAGACUCGAAUCAGUGGUUGACAAGUUAUAGAGAGGCUUUUUCAUUCAGAGCUAGUCAUUAUUUCAUCAGUUUUUUAUCGGAGGCAUCUAUGUUAGCAGCUGGUUACAAGAAUCCUAAAAUUUGGCAUGAACCGAAGAAAUGGCACUUUGAAAUAGCUGAUCCUUUGAAAAUCGAGUUUCCCUCUGCCUUAGCCGUAGUUGUGACUACAUGGAACAAACCAAUGCAUGAUUUCUUGAAAAAAUAUGUGUACCGAUCAUGGUUGCCGCUAGGAAAAUUUUAUGGCAUAUUAGCAACGUUCGUCAUAUCUUCAUUUCUUCAUGGAUUUGAAUUCAAAGUAUCCGUUGUAUUAAUAUUGAUAGGAAUAUUUUCUUACUUACAAUUAACCACUAGGGAUUAUUUUGCUAAAGCGUUCAGCUGUUGUAUCAGAGUAUACCCAUGUAAAAACAUAUGCAGUCAUAGGUUCAAAAGAAACAGUAUCGCGUCUUGGAUUUGUAGGUUGGUUUUUUCAUUUACUACCAUUUUGCAUCUUGUUUAUUUGGGGAUGUUGAUGGAUCCCAGUACUGAUGAGACCGGUAUAUUAGAAAAGUGGAAAAAUUUAUAUUUUGUCAGCUUUUGGAUAAUGCUUAUCAACAUUUUAGUUAUUACGUAAGAAUGUUUUUUAAAUUUAACCUGUUCUUGAGUUAUUGCAUGUGAUAUUUCUAGCGUAGAUUUUAUAUUUUAAAUAAAUAACUUUUACAUUAA